GUAGAUUUAUCACGAAAUUGAAUAUUGGCGCUGGUUAUUCGACGACAAGAAAAGAAAGGCCGAAAACCGCGUUGUAAAAUCCUUUGGUUAUGGGCGACUUUGAUCCACAAAAAAUCAAUGAAAAUAUCAACGAAUUAAGAAGAAAAGAUGAUGAUCCAAAGCGUAGAUCACGUAGUCGAUCUCCUGGCAAGGACAGAGAUCGAAGACGAAGAAGUCGUUCCCACAGCCGUGACAGGGAUAGACGUAGAAGACGUAGUACAAGUCGCAACAGAGCUGAUCGGAGAAACAGCAGGCCUGCAAAACCAAAGAGAAUUACUUUGUGGGAUGUUCCGCCAAAAGGAUAUGAAGACAUCACUCCUGUUCAAUUUAAAGCCUUAAGGGCAUCUGGUCAGGUAGAAAUGCCAACUCCCUUGUCUGGUGGUGUCAUUCCUGCUACAGCAUUACCGCAAGGUGCCCAAAUGACUAUGCAGGCCAGAAGACUUUAUUGUGGUAAUCUGCCUUUUGGUAUAACAGAGGAUCUUAUGAUAGAUUUCUUUAAUGCCAAAAUGAGGGAAUCGGAUAUAGCGAAACAACCUGGUAACCCUGUGUUGGCUUGUCAGAUAAAUUUAGAGAAGAAUUUUGCCUUUCUGGAGUUUCGAUCAGUUGAGGAGACUACUUUAGCGAUGGCGUUUGAUGGAAUAAUGUUGCAGGGUCAAGCUUUAAAAAUAAGACGUCCAAAGGACUAUCAACCAAUACCAGGAAUUUCAGAAACCCAGGCAACGCACAUCCCAGGCGUGGUAUCAACAGUUGUUCCGGACACGAUAAACAAAGUAUUUAUUGGUGGCUUACCAAAUUACUUAAAUGAAGAUCAGGUGAAAGAAUUGUUAUCCACAUUUGGAGAAUUGCGUGCUUUUAAUCUUGUCAAAGACUCUGCAACCGGUUUAUCUAAAGGUUAUGCAUUUUGCGAAUACGUCGAUAUUGGUAUUACUGAUGUGGCAAUUGCAGGAAUGAACGGUAUGCAACUUGGUGACAAAAAACUAGUAGUCCAGCGAGCAAGUGUUGGAUCCAAAACAAUGCCUGCUCAGUUAACAAUACCUGGUUUUGAUAUGAACAAAGAAGUGACAGCGACCAAUAUUUUAUGUUUGAUGAAUAUGGUAACAGCAGAAGAACUGAUUGAUGACGAAGAUUAUGACGAAAUAUACGACGACAUUCGUGAGGAGUGUUCGAAAUAUGGUCGAAUUCGCAGUCUCCAAAUACCACGACCUAGCCAAGAGUUUAAUGUCAGUGGAGUUGGAAAGAUCUUCAUAGAAUAUACGUCUUCAUCCGAAGCUAAAACAGCUAGCGAGGCGCUUGCCGGUCGCAAGUUCGCUAAUCGAGUUGUGGUAACGUCAUAUUACGACCCUGAUAUGUACUUUCGUAGCGAACUGUCGUAACUUAUAUACAAAAGUGCGAAAUAUGUGUAUGUGCUUCCGAGUGCUUUAUUAUUUUCACCGUGUAUUUUUGCUCAUUCAGAAAUGUUUUGUACAGCCUGUCAUUUUAUCUAAAGACGUAACAAACGUUUA